AGCUGAUGUUGCUGAGAGGUGGUUUAUUGACAGGGGGAGAAGGUGACUCUUCGACGAGCGGAGCGAUACUUCGUGCAAAUCGUACCAUAUAACCCGAAAAAUAACUGGCGUUUGCAAAGUAAGCCAGUAUGUCUUCUUUCGGAAGGGCGCUGGGAGUCCUUCGGACCGGAGCCCAGCUGCUUAGACGCGGCCCACAAAGGAUAACAACCAGAAAGGCCAGCGGUGGUCCGCACAUUGAGCCACAGUACAGGCAGUAUCCUCAGCUGACGAAGAACCAGCAAUUUCAGUCAGAGCUCAUCAGCGGAGCCAUGUGGUUUUGGAUCCUUUGGCACUUGUGGCAUGAUCCUGAUGCAGUUUUGGGUCACUUUCCCUGGCCUGAUGCCUCUGCAUGGACAGAUGAGGAGCUUGGAAUCCCUCCAGAUGAUGAAGAAUAAGAUCACAAGGAGGGAUUCAUGCUGCUGUUCAAGUCUUUGUGGAAAUCUUCAGGACAUCCUGAAAGUCAUUGAUGUACAUAGACUAAUAAAAUUAUCUUUAUGUAAGUUUAA